AUGCUGCCCAAAAUUUCAAGGUCUUUGUUGCAUAGAGCAUUGCAGUCGAGGCGGCUUGUGUCCACUACUCCUUCUUGGAGGUCAGACGCCCUCUUCGUGCAUCGCGAUACUCCGUAUAAUAAUCCAAAGAUUGCUUUCGAGUUCGAUACCGAAAACAUGAAGAGAGCUCAGGAAAUUAUCUCUUUCUAUCCUCCGCAGUACAAGAAAGCCGCCGUUAUUCCUUUGCUUGAUCUCGGACAACGUCAAAAUAAAGGAUGGACAAGUAUCAGCGUCAUGAACUACGUCGCUAACCUCCUCGGCAUGCCUCCAAUGCGAGUCUACGAGGUUGCGACAUUUUACACCAUGUUCAAUAGGGAACCUAUUGGCGAGAACUUCGUUCAAGUCUGCACAACCACUCCUUGCAUGCUUCGCGGUUCACCUGAGAUUCUAAACACCGUUUGCGACCAUCUUGGAGGCAUAAAACCUGGGCAAACAACAAGCGAUGGAAAGUUCACCGUUGUCGAGGUAGAAUGUCAAGGAGCUUGCAGCAAUGCACCGAUGCUGGUCGUUGGCGAUGACUUCUAUGAGGAUCUUACACCGGAAACGACUAAGAAAAUUCUAUCUGCCUUUGCGAAAGGCCAAAAGCCCAAGGCAGGCCCGCAAAGUGGUAGGCGGACAAGUGAGAAUUCAGCGGGACUUACUUCGUUGACAACGAAGCCCUAUGGGCCAGGAGAGUUUUGCCAGCCCGAGUUCCAGUAA